AUGGAAGUCGAGACUUUGGAGCUGUUCGCCAACAUAGCCAACUAUCAGAAUCAGAACCUGUUGGGCAGCCAUCACCAUCUGCUCCACAUCGCCGAACCACAACUGCAACUGCUGCCCGCAGUGACGACGACGACGCCGACAACGACGCCACAGCAACAGCCAUUAGCAUCCAUAACACAUACCACACAACAAACAACACAGCAACAACUUCAACACCAGCAGCAACAACAACAACUCCAGCAACAACAACAACAACUAUUACAACAACAACAAAACCAGCGGCCAGUGUUCGAAAAAGCCAUCACCAUUUCGUCGAUUGCGAUUAAACGCAGGCCGACGCUGCCGCAAACGCCAGCGAGUGCCCCACAGGUGUUGUCGCCGUCGCCCAAACGCCAGUGCGCCGCCGCCGUUUCGGUGCUGCCCGUGCCAGCAGCAGCAGUUGCCGCCGCACCAGGUGCCCAUCUGCAGUACGCUAGCUCGCCGGCAGCAGCAGCAGCAGCCGCCGCCGCAGCAGCCGCCGCAGCAGCAGCAGCACUUAAAGGUCAUCAGCUGAGCUUUGCACAUCCCACACAGUUUGCCGCCGCCGUUGCCGCACACCACCAACAGCAACAGCAACAGCAACAACAUCAGCAGCAGCAGCAACAACAGCAAGUCGUUCAGCAACAACAACAGCAACAAGUCGCCUACGCCGUUGCGGCAUCACAACAACAGGCAGCUGCAGCCGCAGCAGCAGCAGCAGCCCACACACAUCAACAACAUCAUCAGCAACAACAACAACAGGUGCAGCAGCAACAGCAACAACAACAGCAGCAACAACAGCGUCUAGUGCAAUUCAAUCAGGCGGCUGCCGCCGCUGCAUUGCUCAAUCAGCAUCUACAGCAUUCGGCCGUCGUUGCACAUCAGCAACAGCAGCAGCACGUGGCGGUGCUGCAACAGCAGCAGACACCUGCCCACUACAGUGGCUAUCAGCUGCGACACGCCCACACCGCGUACGCCCCCCAACAACAACAACACAUUGUACUGAGCAACAGCAGCAGCAGCAAUAAACAGCAGCAGCAGCAACAGAGCGUGAGCACGGCAGCAACAACCACAGUUGCGAGCACACCAGCGACCACUGCAUUAAGUGUAGCCACAGCAACAACCAACAACAGCAACAACAGUAACACCAACAGCAGCUCCCCGGGCAGCAGCUCCACGCUCGAGUCGCAGUCACAGGAAUCCGCGUCAAUUUCAGCACCGACGACUCCCUCGCCGGCUGGCAGCGUCAGCGCAUCCGCGGUCACUGCAACAACACCAACAGGAGCAGCUACAACAGCAGCCACAGUCGUUACCAGCGACAGCAAUAACAACACAACAACAACAACUACAACUAACGGCAGCAGCAUAAUGGAAAAUCAGAUGGCACUCGCCCCACUGGGACUCUCACAGAGCAUGGACUCCGUGAACACGGCCAGCAAUGAGGAAGAGGUAUGUAACGUACAGAGACACACAACAUCAAUUCCAUUAUUUUUGAGGCCAUCUGUGCGCACAUUGUUCGUCAGUGGUUUGCCAAUGGAUGCCAAGCCACGUGAGCUCUAUUUGCUAUUCAGAGCCUAUGAGGGCUACGAAGGAUCUCUACUAAAAGUAACUAGCAAAAAUGGCAAAACAGCAUCGCCCGUUGGUUUUGUGACAUUCCAUACAAGAGCCGGUGCCGAGGCAGCUAAACAGGAUCUGCAGCAGGGUGUACGCUUCGAUCCCGAUAUGCCCCAAACAAUUCGCUUGGAAUUCGCCAAGAGUAACACGAAAGUGAGCAAACCCAAACCACAGCCCAAUACAGCGACAACAGCCUCACAUCCUGCAUUGAUGCACCCACUCACUGGACAUCUUGGCGGGCCGUUCUUUCCGGGCGGACCCGAGCUAUGGCAUCAUCCGUUAGCGUAUUCGGCUGCCGCCGCUGCUGAGCUGCCCGGCGCUGCCGCCUUGCAGCAUGCAACACUCGUGCAUCCAGCACUGCAUCCGCAGGUGCCCGUUCGCUCCUAUCUCUGACUAAAUACAGACAAAGUAAUGGAGCAGCCUAUGCAUCAAACUCAAAUAACUAUGCCACAUCAUCAGACAACUGCUACCGCUUUACAUCCCAGCCAACAGGCGGCAAUGGCACACAUGGCUGCUGCUGCUGCCGGCGGUGUGGCUGGCGGUGGCGGUGCCGCGGCUGCGGCUGCUGCCGCCGCUGCUGCUGCCGCUGCCGGUGCAACGCCCCAGGGCGCUGCUGCUGUCGGUGGUAAUGCAGCUGUUGCUGCCGCAGCCGCCGCUGCAGCUGCUGCUGCCGCAUCGCAUCAUCAUUUUUUAUCCAGUCCCGCGUUGGCAAGCCCCGCCGGCUCCACCAACAACGCCACACAUCCGGCAAAUCCGCAGAUAGCCGCCAAUGCGCCCUGCUCCACGCUGUUCGUGGCCAAUUUGGGCCAGUUUGUGUCCGAGCACGAGCUCAAGGAGGUUUUCUCUAGUAUGCCUGGCUUUUGUCGCCUACGAAUGCACACAAAAGGCACUGCUUCAACAGCAACAACAACUACAAGCUGCACCACUACUGCUACCAACAACAACAGUAACAACCAAGCACAACAUCAACAUCCGGUGGCAUUCAUCGAGUUCAACGAUGCCCCAAGCGCUGCUCAGGCGAUGCAACAAUUGCAGGGCAAAUAUUUGCUUAGCUCUGAUCGCGGCUCCAUACGCAUCGAAUACGCCAAGACCAAGAUGCUGAACGAGGUAACGCUGCCAACAGCGCUGAUCAACAACAACAACAGCCACAAGUCACUGGCAGUUGCAGCAGCAGCACCGCCAGCAACAACAGUCGCAGCAGCAACUCCGACAGCACAUCAGCAACUAUUUAUUUUGAAUGGCGGCUUGGAAUUGCCACCGCCACCGCCGCCACAUUUGAGCCAUGUUAGUGCCAGCAAUAUGUUGGUCGCAGCCCCAGCAACAGCACCUCUCACAAUCCCAAAUGCACCACAGCAACAUCACCAACAACAACUUCAGCAGCAGCACCAACUCCAACAGCAGCAGCAACAUCAAUUUCAACUACAGCAGCUACAACAGGCGCCAACUGGCUGCACCACCAGCACCACUAGCGUUGUUGUUAAUUCACUACAGCACCACCAACUUCAUCCAAAUCAGCACCACCAAAAUCAUCUCUUUAGAGACAGGAGCGGGUAUGGAAUCAAGGCAUGAUUUGCUCGCUAAGAAAUUAGAGCGCGAGAUGCAACAGCAACAACAGCAGCAGCAACAACAGCAACAGGCACACCACCAGCCACAGUCGCAUCAUCAGCAUUACCAUCAGAGCCAUCAGUCGCAUCAUCACCAUCAUCAUCAUCA